CGUAUUGUGAAGAACAACUGACCGUGUUUUGAACAGUCAAUAAAAGUUGGUUGUUGAUAAAAAAUUGAAAAAAAAAAAAAAAUCAGCAAAACUACAACUUCUCACACGUGGGAGUUUAUGGUGUCGGUUGAGCACGUUGGUACAACCAUAAGAGGAGGAAAAAUUAUUCUCCUGGAAAAUAGGAGAAGAGAAGCUUCUGUCAUCUCUGAAGUUUGAAGGUGUGCCUUCAAGUCUUCUUCCCUUGUAAAAGGUCAAGAUCUAUCUUUGAGGAAAUUAACAAACACAGUGAACUGAUGGAUGUCUCGUCUGGGAAAUGGUUGACAGAACUGGGAAUGGAGGAUCCCACCUUCAUACAUCAAUACCAUAUGCUGCCUUUUGAUAACUCAUUUGAUGGGUUCAAUUUUGACUCUUUUUCUUCUGAGAGCAACUCAUCUUACCCAUCUUUCAGUCCCGAAACCACACCCAACUUUUGCGGUUCAACUUUUCAGACGGGUGUAGGGAGGCAAACUAAGCAGUUCAAGACCAAUAGUUGGGAAUCCUGCACCACCAAACCCAUAACCUCCAGAGCACCUUCGUCUUCCACCGUCCAACUAAUUUCUUUUGGGAACUCGAAUUUACCACCACCAACUGAUACCCAGAAGUUCCAUGGAUACCCAGACAACAAGGUGAAGCCUAAGGAUGAGGAUGGGUCUGACAGAAAUAUGAAAUUUGCAUCUUUGAUUUCUGAGGGCUCAUAUGAGAACCAAAACUAUUCACCAAAAUCUGGCGACAGAACCAAGAGGGUUAGUUCAACUUGUAGGACUAACAAUCACGAUCAUGUAAUAGCAGAGAGAAAGCGCCGAGGAAAGCUCACCCAGCGGUUCAUAGCUCUUUCAGCCCUUGUUCCAGGCCUAAGAAAGAUGGACAAGAUUUCUGUCCUUGGAGAUGCUGCCAAGUAUUUGAAACAGCUUCAAGAACGUGUGCAGAAGCUCGAGGAACAGACGGCAACAAAAACCAUGGAAUCAGUGGUCUUUGUGAAGAAAUCUCAGCUCUGCGAUGAUGACCUCUCUUCAUCUGAUCAGAACUCUGAUAGCUGCUCCAACCAAACACUCUUAGAAAUUGAAGCAAGGGUCUCAAACAAGGAUGUACUCAUUAGAAUCCACUGCGAGAGACAAAAGGGAUUUACUGCAAAAAUACUUGAUGAAAUCGAGAAGCUCCAUCUAACAGUUGUCCAUAGCAGUAGCCUGCCAUUUGGGGAUUACAUUAUGGUUACUACUGUUGUUGCUCAGAUGGAAGACAAAUUUUGCAUGACCGUGAAGGACCUCGUCAGAAACCUCCGAUUGGCUUUUUCUACGCUUCAUGUGAACUGAAGGACCAGAUCAUUUUUUAAUUAGUAUUGCCAUCUAUUUUUUUCUUUCUUCCUCUCUUUUUUUCUUUUUUUUUUUGUCCUUUGGGUAUAACCUGUAGUUAAUGUUUCGUCUUCUCACCUCGUGACAGAAGUAAAUGCCUGUAAAAAAGAUAUCUUCAGCUUACACCACCGGCGAUCACCAUGGCUCUUUGGCUGCUGAGGUUCAGUUUAGCGGUCGGGUUGUUUUUUGUGGUGUUUUUCCUGUUUGACCAGGUUCAAUUACCCCACGUGCUGCUAAAAAACUAAAAAAAAAAAAGAGCAGCUUUUUUGGAGGGUAUCUUUGUUUGAGCGGUUUCACGCCUCAAUCGGCACCUCUUUCUUGGUU